AAAUCGAGUCUUACACCCAGAAACGGCUUUAUUGUUCUGUAUAGACUAAGCAGCAUGCGUUGCAUGUAGUAGUAAUCACUUGAAUGAAUCUGGCUGAUUUAAAAUAACCGUGAAAUAAUGCAACAUUUUAGUAGACUCUUAAGAAACCUGUUUCACGCUUCCCUCCAAGAACUCUAUAAUGCGUUUGGUUUUAUGACUGAGGUUUGUGGAGAAGCUUUUAUGAAGUGGGUGGGCUGGUAACAUAACUAAGCUUGCUUGCGCCUCGCUUGGGUCAUUAUGCCUUCCUUGAACACGGAUUCCGUUGAAACGUAGUUGGUGAACAUUUGUGUCCAUGGACAGGGACUCCACAAAGAUCUUUGCGGAGAUGGUUGAUUUAGAGAAGGAAGUACCCCCUCUUCCUCCCAGGUACAGGUUCAGGGAUCUACUCAUCGGAGACCAGAGCUGGCCGAGCGACGACAGAGUGCAGGUCUGUUAUGUAAAUCAAAAUACAUUGAAAGAAAGACUCAAACUGUUCUUCAUCAAAAACCAAAGAUCAAGUCUCAGGAUCCGCGUGUUUCAUUUCUCUCUUAAGGUCUUAAGCUGCAUUUUCUACAUAGCUCGAGUACUAGAUGACUCUGAGCCCAAGUAUGCAUGCUGGAAAUGUGAUUAUCAAAACCACACUCUGUUUGGGAUAGACUGGGCUCCAGUGAUAUGGGUGAAAAGGAGUAUGGGUCUCUGGGUUUUACAGGUGUUGGUUGCACUGAUAGGUCUGUUUGAAACCAUCCUGCUGACCUAUUUAAGUUACAAGGGUAAUAUAUGGGAACAGGUCCUUCGGAGCACAUUUAUUUUGGAGAUGGUAAACAAUGUUCCCUUUUUACUCACGGUUUUGGUUGCUCCACUGAGAAACCUUUUUAUUCCUGUGUUCCUGAAUUGCUGGUUGGCAAAGCAUGCCUUGGAAAACAUGAUAAAUGACCUUCAUCGAGCUAUCCAACGAACCCAGUCAGCCAUGUUUAAUCAGGUCCUUAUUCUCAUCACUACUCUCAUCUGUCUCAUGUUCACAGGUAUAUGUGGCAUUCAGCAUCUGGAGCGGGCUGGAAAAAAGCUGACAUUGUUUGACUCAUUCUACUUUUGUAUCGUGACUUUCUCCACGGUCGGAUUUGGGGAUGUGGUGCCGGAAAUAUGGCCCUCCAAACUACUGGUGGCCAUCAUGAUAUGCUUAGCGCUGGUGGUUCUUCCCAUUCAGUUUGAACAGUUGGCCUACUUGUGGAUGGAGCGUCAGAAAUCAGGUGGGAACUACAGCAGACACCGCGCUCAGACAGAGAAGCAUGUUGUGCUGUGCGUGAGCUCAAUAAAGAUGGACCUGCUCAUGGACUUCUUAAACGAGUUCUAUGCCCACCCUCGACUGCAGGAUUAUUACGUCAUCAUCUUGUGUCCUGCGGAGAUGGACGGCUCGGUGCGCAGGGUGCUGCAGAUCCCACUGUGGUCCCAGAGAGUCAUCUACCUGCAGGGCUCAGCACUCAAGGAUCAGGACCUGUCCCGGGCCAAGCUGGACGAUGCUGAGGGGUGUUUUAUACUCAGCAGUCGCUGUGAAGUGGAUCGCACUGCUUCGGAUCACCAAACAAUAUUGCGAGCAUGGGCUGUGAAGGACUUUGCACCUAACUGCCACCUGUAUGUGCAGAUUCUCAAACCAGAAAACACAUUUCAUGUGAAAUUUGCAGAUCACGUUGUGUGUGAAGAGGAGUUUAAGUAUGCUCUUCUGGCCCUGAACUGCAUCUGUCCUGCCACCUCCACACUCAUAACCUUACUGGUGCACACCUCCACUGGCCUAGAAGGCCAGCAGUCACCCGACGAGUGGCACAGAAUCUACGGGAGGUUCUCUGGAAACGAAAUCUACAACAUUGUACUGCAAGACAGUGUGUUCUUCUCAGACUACAAAGGAAAAAGCUUCAGAUAUGCUUCUUUUCAUGCACAUCAAAAGUAUGGCGUGUGUCUAAUCGGGGUGCGUGAAAAAGGCAAAAACAUUCGACUCAACCCUGGGCCGCAUUUCACCAUGAGUUCCACAGACACUUGCUUCUACAUCAACGUGACCAAGGAAGAGGACACCGCGUUCAAAGCAGAGGAAAAGGACACUGGGAAAUGCAAGAAAAAAAUACAUCUUCCUGUGCACAACAUCAUAGCCAACAUGGGCACUGUGGUUAUAGACCUGCAGGACACCAGCAGCAGCCGUGACUCCACCCUGAACCUGCCGUCGGACUCCACCAGGGCCGGACGUAGGAGCAGCAUCAUGACGGUGCCAGAGAAGCCCGACACCUCCUCGCUCCACACCUGCGACUUCUCCAGCGACCAGUCUGGCGACGAGAUGCUGCCUUCCUGUGACGACCUGGCCACCGAGGGGUACACAAAGGGAUAUCCUCCAAAUCUGCCGUACAUUGGGAGCUCACAGACCUUCUGCCAUUUGCUGAAGACCAAAGCAUCAUAUUGUUGCCUGAAACUAGAAAAGGAGUGUGCCCAUAACAGUAAUGAAGAGGCCAGAGCUCACUGCUUCAAGAACAAGUUGAUAAUAGUGUCUGCUGAGACAGCAGGAAAUGGACUGUACAACUUCAUAGUUCCCCUCAGAGCAUCGUACAGACCUAAGAAGGAUCUCAACCCCAUAGUGCUUCUGCUAGAGAAUAAGCCUGAUGAGAACUUUCUGGAGACAAUCUGCUGGUUCCCUCUGGUCUACUACAUGGUCGGAACUAUUGAUAACCUGGAUGACCUCCUUCGCUGUGGAGUCUCUUCUGCAGCCAACAUGGUAGUGGUGGACAAAGAAAGCACCAUGUGUGCAGAGGAAGACUACAUGGCAGAUGCCAAAACCAUAGUCAAUGUGCAGAAUGUGCUAUUAAGGUUGCCUGCGAUUUUUCCAUCUUUGAAUAUCAUCACAGAGCUGACCCAUCCAGCCAACAUGAGGUUUAUGCAGUUCAAGGCAAAGGAUUCCUAUUCAGUGUGUCUCUCUAAAUUAGAAAAGAAAGAGAGGGCAAAAGGUUCUAAUCUGGCCUUCAUGUUUCGACUGCCGUUCGCCGCAGGGAGGGUUUUCAGUAUUGGCAUGCUGGAUACUCUCCUUUACCAGUCUUUUGUGAAAGACUACAUGAUCUCCAUUACAAGGCUACUGCUUGGGCUGGACACAACAACAGGAUCUGGUUUCCUUUGUGCUAUGACCAUCACACAUGAAGACCUGUGGAUCAAGACAUAUGGGCGCCUGUACCAGAAGUUGUGCUCCUCUGUAGGCGACAUCCCCAUCGGGAUAUACCGGACAGAGCUGCUGGACCUGGAGCCCUGUGAGGGCAGGCAGUCCCAGCUCUCGGGCACCCUGAUGGAGACUUUUGAGGAGGAACAGAGGGAGCCAUGCACCACUGACAACAGCCGUCCACCACGCUUCCACCGCAAGAGCAUGCAGUGGGCCAGGAAGCUGAGCCGCAUGGGCCCCCGCUACGCACACCGAGGCCUGGACAGGGGGCGGCACCGCCCUGGGCAGCCGCCACGCUCCGACAGGCAGGAGCUGGCCGACCUCAUCAGGGACCGCAUGAAGAACCUGGGGCUCUCCACUGACGGAUUAGAUUGUAUGGAGGAAGGUGGAAGCAGCCUGUCUUAUAUCCUAAUCAAUCCUUCUCCAGACACAAAACUGGAGCUCAAUGACAUUGUGUACAUCAUUCGCCAGGACCCUUUCUCCUUGGGGACCACGGCGUCCGACAGCAGACUGAGCAGUAUAGGUAACAGCCAGUGCCUUAGCCUCAGCCCAACCCUGGAAGGCCAACUUUGAUUCAGCUCUGUUACUCAAAACACAUUACAUUGCAUUACAUUACAUUGCAACAUCACUAGAAAAUACAGUUAGUAGGUUAGGUUAGUUUAUUAUUAUUAUUUUUUAAAGUAGAGUACACACACACACACACACACACACACACACACACACACACACACACACACACACACACACACACACACACACACACACACACACACACACACACACACACACACACACACACACACACAGUACAUACACGUCAUGUCAAAACACCUGAUGUAAUCUUAAGUAUGAGCCUUAGCCUGACGUGAUGCUCUAUUUGAACCUUUGGAAUGUGAUAUCAGUUGUGUUUGUGCUGUGGUUAGAAAUGAAAUGAUGUGUCUUUGCCACCCGAGUGUAGCAGUGUUUGUCCCGUAAGAAUGAAAACAUAACCAUGUUGCCUGCGUUUACCAGUUGCCAGUGUUUAUUAGCAUGACGUUUAAAAUUCCUCUGACAUCACCUCAUUCACUUGUUGCAUGACUCAUAAUGAGUCUACUUUAAAACAGUAGCCUUACACUCUUCAAUAUUCAUGUGAAAAUGCAUCAGUUAAAACAAAUAAAUCAUGUCAUAAUUA